AUGGACGGUUUAGCUGAUGGGGAAUUGGAGUCUCUCUUGGGGAUGUUCAAUUUUGAUCAAUGUUCACCAUCUAAGGAGGGGAGACCUCGAGAUGAGAUGCUCGGACUCUCUAGCCUUUACAGUGGUCACCUUCAUCAUCAUCAGAACAGUGUUUUGUCUUCCGAUCAUAAUCCUCUCUUAGUUCCUGACAUGCUCCCGAUUAGCGCAAUACCGGGAGGGAUCCUUCCGACCAUGCGUGAUUCUUGGGACCAAAAUCACCUCCAAGAUACGGCAACCCUUAAGAGGAAACAAGUUAACGUAGAUAAUCUACACAGUACUAACUCUGACUAUGACGUCAGAAGACAAGAGCUAGUCAAAGCCAAUAAAAAGCAGAGGGUAAGCCUGGAAAGCCCUAGAGUCAAAGAAACCAACACCAACUGGAGAGAUGGUAAGAGUAUAAGCAACAGUUCAAAUGGUGAUAAAUCUUCGGUCACAAGUGUUAAAGGCAAAAGAAGAGCCACCAAAGGGACAGCUACUGAUCCUCAAAGCCUUUAUGCUCGGAAACGAAGAGAGAAGAUUAACGAAAGGCUCAAGACGCUGCAAAACCUUGUACCAAACGGAACAAAAGUUGAUAUAAGCACGAUGCUUGAAGAAGCGGUGAACUACGUGAAGUUCUUGCAGCUUCAAAUUAAGUUAUUGAGCUCGGAUGAUCUAUGGAUGUACGCACCACUGGCUUACAACGGAAUCGACAUGGGUUUCCAUCACAACCUUUUGUCUCGGCUUACGUGA